UUCUAUAACUGACAAAAUAAUCAAAAUUAGUAAUACGUAAAGUUAAAAUUGUUCUUUUUUAAUCGAAAUGGAUAAGAAAAAGGAACCAUGGAUUGCCCCGCUCACCUCGAACACCAGCACCACACCCAGUGGGUCCGAAUCCCGGAUUUCGGACUCAUGGGUCCCGGAGGUGCAGCAGAAACCGCAGACGCAGGUUUUGCCCAAAUCAAAGAAAUGCACUUGCCACACUUGUACCUGUCGUCCUCCUCAACCUCAACCUCAACUUCAACCGGAACCUGAACCUGAAUCUCAACGUUCUUCUAUAGUGAAUCCUAACCAAGUUGACCGUGCUGUAAAUGAGGACGCUCAGAAUGCGGUCAUGGAUGAGGUCACGGAUGAGAACAAGAAUGAUGAUCUAGAUGCUGAAGGUUCAAAGAGCCGGCGACGUACCUCACUGCGAUCCACUCAUUCCACCAAGAACGCGCACAUAACAAUGGAUACACCCAAGAACGAGGAUUCUGGCUACGUAAACGAAAAGGUGAUAGGAUCGCACACGUAUAGCGGUGACAUAGAAGAUGACUACGACGAGUAUGAAGAGGAGCCGCACAAGGGUAGAAUCUUUGGGGUCUCCGGUCCAGUGGUGAAUGCCGAGGAAAUGGCCGGAGCAGCCAUGUACGAGCUGGUUCGCGUGGGCCAUUGCCAGCUGGUGGGUGAAAUAAUCCGGCUGGAGGGCGACAUGGCCACCAUCCAGGUGUACGAGGACACCUCGGGUGUGAGUGUCGGGGAUCCGGUGUUCCAAACGGGCAAGCCACUCUCCGUGGAACUGGGUCCCGGCAUUAUGGGCAGCAUCUUCGAUGGCAUCCAACGACCCCUGAGAACCAUCAACGAGCUGACCAAUUCCAUCUACGUGCCCAAGGGAAUCGAUGUGCCCGCCUUGCCCAGGAACAUUUCGUACUCCUUUACCCCGGCCAAAAUCAAGAUUGAUGAUUUGGUCACCGGCGGGGAUAUCUACGGAUCGGUUUUCGAGAACAGCAUGAUGCACGACCACCGACUGAUGUUGCCACCGAAGUGCAAAGGUCGCCUCAAGUGGCUGGCUCCUCCAGGAAACUAUUGCGUGGAGGAUGUCAUCGUGGAGACGGAGUUCAACGACGAGGUCACUCGGCACACAAUGCUCCAGGUGUGGCCAGUGCGAAGGUGUCGUCCUGUGGAGGACAAGCUGCCCAGCACUUCUCCCCUGCUGACUGGCCAACGGGUCCUCGACGCCUUCUUUCCAUGCGUCCAGGGAGGAACAACUGCCAUUCCGGGAGCCUUUGGCUGCGGAAAAACUGUCAUCUCGCAGUCGCUAUCUAAAUACUCCAACUCAGAUGUGAUAAUCUACGUGGGCUGCGGAGAGCGAGGCAACGAGAUGUCCGAGGUGCUCCGGGACUUCCCCCAACUGGAGGUGGAAGUCAACGGGACCAUGGAGUCGAUUAUGAAGCGCACCGCCCUGGUGGCCAACACCUCCAACAUGCCGGUGGCAGCGAGAGAGGCCUCCAUCUACACGGGGAUUACCCUGUCGGAAUACUUCCGCGACAUGGGCUACCAUGUGUCCAUGAUGGCCGACUCCACUUCCCGUUGGGCAGAGGCGCUUCGCGAGAUCUCCGGACGACUGGCGGAGAUGCCGGCUGAUGCUGGCUAUCCGGCGUAUUUGGGAGCCCGAUUGGCCUCCUUCUACGAGAGAGCCGGAUUGGUCAGGUGCCUGGGGAGUCCGGACCGAAGUGGAUCCGUUUCGAUUGUGGGUGCAGUGUCGCCUCCCGGCGGUGACUUCUCCGAUCCCGUGACCUCCGCCACGUUGAGCAUUGUCCAGGUGUUUUGGGGCCUGGACAAGAAACUGGCCCAGAGGAAGCACUUUCCAUCGGUGAACUGGCUGCAAUCCUACUCGAAGUACAUGCGCACCCUGGACACCUACUACGAGGAGACCAAUCCGGAGUUCACCCAGCUGAGGGCCAAGGCCAAGCAGGUGCUGCAGGAGGAGGACGACCUGGCCGAGAUCGUUCAGCUGGUGGGCAAGUCGUCGCUGAACGAGGAGGACAAGAUCACGCUCGAGGUGGCCAAGAUGCUGAAGGACGACUUCCUGCAACAGAACUCCUACAGCGAGUACGACGCCUUCUGUCCGUUCUUCAAGACCAACAGCAUGCUGAAGAACAUGAUGGCCUUCCACGAUGCCGCCAUCGUGGCUGUACGGAAUACGGCCAGCAAUGAGGCGAGGGUCACCUGGGGACUGAUCCGGACGAGGGCCGCCAACCUUCUCUACGACCUCUCCAUGAUGAAGUUCAUCGAUCCUAAGUUGGGCGAAACGGCUGUGCUGGAGAUAAUGGACAAGCUCUACGAUACCAUCCUGUCAACGUUUCGGGAGAUUGAGGAUUACGCCGAGGAAUAUUAAUACCAACAGUCUUUGUUAUUGUAUAAAUCACUUUAUAUUUCUGGCCAACAAAUUUUAAGUGUUUCCAAAAAUAUUUAUUUCAUUAAAACUGUUUUAAAUUGUAUAA